GGUUCUUAUGGAAACAAGAUUUUCAGUUGACCGAUGAUUAGCUAAUUUCUGAUAAUAGAAAAGGAAACUGAUUGCCCCAGGCUGCUGUUUUCAUUUCCUCAUGGGAAGAAGAAGCAGAGCAGAGAAGAAAAGCAGACACAAGGCAUUGAACCUCCAUCACCAUGGGGAACUGGAUUGAGAAUGAGGGGCUCUCCAUCUUUGUCGUUCUGGUGUGGCUGGGGAUGAACGUCUUCCUCUUUAUCCAUUUCUAUGGGAUAUAUUUCUCUAGACCUCAGUUCUAUUACACUCGAAAACUUCUUGGGUUUGCGCUGCCAUUGGCCAGGGCCCCUGCAGCCUGCCUGAAUUUCAACUGCAUGCUGAUUCUGCUGCCAGUCUGUCGAAAUCUGCUCUCCUUCCUCAGGGGUUCCAGCGCGUGCUGUUCCACAAGAAUUCGAAGACAACUGGACAGGAACCUCACUUUUCAUAAAAUGGUGGCAUGGAUGAUUGCACUUCACACUGCGAUUCAUACCAUUGCCCAUCUGUUUAAUGUGGAAUGGUGUGUGAAUGCCCGAGUCAACAAUUCUGAUAGGUAUUCAAUAGCACUCUCUGACCUUGGAGAUAAACCUGGUGAAAGUUACCUCAAUUUUGCUCGAAAGAAAAUCCCGAAUCCUGAAGGAGGCCUGUAUGUGGCUGUGACCCGGCUGGCCGGCAUCACUGGUAUUGUGAUCACACUGUGCCUCAUAUUAAUUAUCACUUCCUCCACCAAAACCAUCCGGAGGUCUUAUUUUGAAGUGUUUUGGUACACACACCAUCUUUUUGUGAUCUUCUUCAUCGGUCUCGCCAUCCACGGAGCUGAGCGAAUCGUUCGUGGGCAGACCCCACAGAGUUUAAAGGAACACAAGCCUGAGCAAUGUGAAAAAGACCCCUCAGACUGGGGAAAACCAGGAAAAUGCCCAAUCCCACAGUUCUCUGGGAACCCUCCUAUGACGUGGAAAUGGAUAGUGGGUCCCAUGUUUCUGUAUCUCUGUGAGAGGUUGGUACGGUUUUGGCGAUCUCAACAGAAGGUGGUCAUCACCAAGGUGGUCACUCACCCUUUCAAAACCAUUGAGCUACAGAUGAAGAAGAAGGGAUUCAAGAUGGAGGUGGGACAAUACAUUUUUGUCAAGUGCCCCAAGGUGUCCAGGCUGGAGUGGCACCCUUUCACACUGACCUCCGCCCCUGAGGAAGACUUCUUUAGCAUCCAUAUUCGUAUCGUUGGGGACUGGACGGAAGGACUUUUCAAUGCUUGUGGCUGUGAUAAGCAGGAGUUUCAGGAUGCUUGGAAACUACCUAAGAUAGCUGUGGAUGGGCCCUUUGGCACAGCCAGUGAAGAUGUGUUCAGUUACGAGGUGGUGAUGUUAGUGGGAGCAGGGAUCGGGGUCACACCCUUUGCAUCCAUCCUCAAGUCCGUCUGGUAUAAAUAUUGCAACAAUGCCACCAAUCUGAGGCUCCAAAAGAUAUACUUCUACUGGCUGUGCCGGGACACACACGCCUUUGAGUGGUUUGCGGACUUGCUGCAGCUUCUAGAGACCCAGAUGCAGGAGAGGAACAACGCCGGCUUCCUCAGCUAUAACAUCUAUCUCACGGGCUGGGAUGAGUCUCAGGCCAAUCACUUUGCUGUGCACCAUGAUGAGGAGAAAGAUGUGAUCACAGGCCUGAAACAAAAGACCUUGUAUGGACGGCCCAACUGGGAUAACGAAUUCAAGACAAUUGCAAGUCAACACCCAAAUACCAGAAUAGGAGUUUUCCUCUGCGGACCUGAAGCCUUGGCUGAAACCCUCAGUAAACAGUGCAUCUCCAACUCUGAGUCUGGCCCCCGGGGAGUGCAUUUCAUUUUCAACAAGGAAAACUUCUAACUGGUCUCUUCCCGCGAGAUCAAUGUGGGUUAUGCUGCCAAGUACCUAACCCAAUAAUGCUAGUUGAUCAUGUAAAUU